AUGGGCUACCGAAAUAGAGGUGGACAGAUUCCUGCUUCGCCCCCACCAGAAGUCACCGCAACCCCUUUCCAAUGUCGCCAAAUCCCGUCAGACGAAGAAAUAGCCAUACCCCCGGACAUUGACAUAGAAGACACCUUCCCCGAAGGCUGUCUUCAAGCCUGGCUCGUCGUCCUCUCCGCCUUCCUCUUCCUCUUCCCCUCCUUCGGCUUCAUGGUCGCCAUCGGCGUCCUACAAGACUACUGGACCCAGAAUCAACUCUCCUCCUACAGCUCCCGCGAUGUCGGCUGGAUUCCGUCCGUCUUCGUCUACCUUUCCCUGGCGCUGGGGCUCUGGUUCGGCCCGCUUUUCGACCGCUAUGGUCCACGGUGGCUUGCGCUACUGGGGAGUGGAGGUUAUUUGGGGUGCAUGUUCUUACUCGCGGAGUGUGAUGAGUUUUGGCAAUUUUUGCUGUGCUGUGGAUUUCUGGGAGGUGUGACGGGGGCGACGUUGACGACUACUUCGUUGGCGGUUGUGGCGCAUUGGUUUAAGAUGCGACGGGGAUUGGCGCAGGGGGUGGCUAUGGCGGGUUCUUCUUUUGGUGGAUUGACUAUACCCCUUAUUUUGAGGUCGGCACUGCCGGCGUAUGGGUAUCGUUGGUCAAUUCGCAUUUUGGGGUUCGUCUUCCUCGGAUGCCUCGUCAUUGGGAACUGUCUUAUGAAGGCACGCAUCCCGCCUAUGAAAGAUGCGAAGGGACAGGGGAUCAUCUCAUUGUCUAUCUUCGGCGACUUGGGGUUCAGUCUCUUGACCAUCAGUGUCUUUGGCUUCGAGGUCGUCCAUUUUGGUGCGUUGGGUAUACUGCCCACGUUUGUCACGCACAGUACCGAGUUCCCCCCUAACACGGGUUUUUAUCUCAUUGCCAUCCUCGGUGGGGUCUCUUGUCUGGGCCGUCUGAUACCCGGUUACGUGGCUGACAGGAUCGGACGAUUCAAUACCCUUCUCAUCAUGAUUAUAUUCACACUGGCCUGGAUGCUGAUCCUCUGGCUUCCUUUUGCGGAUAAAUCCAUCGGUGCUCUGUACGCCUUUGCCGCCUUGUUCGGUUUCGGGAUGGGAUCUUGGAUGGCCCUGACACCAGUGUGUAUCGGCCAGCUCUGUAGGGCUGAGGAGUUUGGGAGGUACUAUGGGACACUGUACUUUAUUGCCAGUUUGGCUAUGUUGAUCUGCAUUCCAAUCAGCGGAGAGUUGAUCGAUGUUGUUGGGCCCAAGGCGAUGAUUUUGUUCUUUUGCGCGAUUACGGCGUUAAGCUUGGUUAGUUUGCUCUUUAGUCGGUGGGCAUGUCUUGGAAGGCGGUGGACAGUUAUGGUUAAAAUAUGA